CACCGUUGUAGGAUUUUCGGAUGAAGUCGGAUGCUGAAAGUUAUCAUCUUCGAAAUAAACUAUAUUGGCACUGCGUAAAAAACUUUUUUUUUUUUCGCUAUAGUUAAUGAAAGUGCCGACUGGAUAAUGUUAGACGUGGUUAUAUCUUUUUAGUGCGAAUAAACUAAAAAUAUAUAAAUGAAAAAUGUGCCUAUAUUCGUUUUGAUUUAAGUAGUGACUGCAAAGAUGUAACUACUUUUAUAUCGCAUACUUCUGAAUUUAGCGAUCUAAAUUUUCGUCCGUUUACUACUGAUAAGUGUCACUCUUAAUAGCUGUAUCUAUUAAUUCUCUCUGGAGUUGUGUCAAAAGCAUCCUUAGGGCAAACGUGCUUUUCUAAAACUAUAUUUUAUUUUCUACAUUUUCAAGUAUUGUUUGAAAAAUCAACUUUUAUCUGCUGUGUGAUGAUUAUAAGGAACUUGUUAGUAGCACAAAGUUACCAUGUGUCAUCUGGGAUGAUUGUGUUUGAGAAUAAGAGAAAUUUAAUAUAAAAUAAUCUUCAAAAUGUAAAUUACAUUGCACAGAAAAUGUAUUCAUCAAAAAAGAAUCUGAAACUAAAUGAAAAAAAUAUGAUUUUUUUCAGUGGCAUUAGAAAAAAAAAUCUAUGAAAGAUUUAACCAAAUGCAUUAACCAAAUAGAUUUAUUGAGGAUGUCAUUUCGAAUUGUAAGAAAUAGUAAAUUUCGCCAUGUAUUUGGCCAACCUUUGAAACGUGAACAAUGUUAUGACAAUAUCAGAAUAACUAAAAACUCAUGGGAUUCCAAUUUUUGUGCCCUGAAUCCAAAGUUCAUGGCAAUUAUAAUUGAAGCAGCUGGUGGUGGUGCAUUUCUAGUCUUACCAUUGCAGAAAACAGGAAGAAUAGAUGUUAGCUAUCCAUUAGUUGCUGGUCAUAGAGGACCUGUAUUAGAUAUUGCUUGGUGUCCCUUUAAUGAUAAUGUUAUUGCAAGUGGAUCUGAAGAUGGAAUUGUUAGAGUUUGGCAAAUUCCAGAUGGAGGAUUGGUACGACCACUUGUUGAUCCAGUUGUAGAAUUAAUAGCCCAUCAAAGAAGAGCAGGCUUGGUUCUAUGGCAUCCAUCAGCUAAUAAUGUUCUUUUAAGUGCAGGAGCUGAUUGCAAGAUUUAUAUUUGGAAUGUUGGAACAGGAGAAAUAUUAUCUCAAAUUGAUCAUCCAGAUAUUAUAUUUUCUUGUUGCUGGAAUUGGGAAGGAAGUCGAUUAGUAACAACUUGUAAAGAUAAAAAAAUUAGAAUUUAUAAUCCACGAUCUGGUGAAUUAGAAGUUGAAGGAUAUGGACAUGAAGGAGCUAAGCCACAACGUGCUAUUUAUUUGAGAAAUGGAUUAAUAUUUACUACAGGAUUUUCUCGAAUGAGUGAAAGACAAUAUGCAUUACGUAGUGAAGCUGCCUUGAGUGAGCCAAUAGUCUUAGAAGAAUUAGAUACAAGUAAUGGAGUAUUAUUUCCGUUUUAUGAUCCAGAUGUACAGCUUCUGUAUUUAUGUGCUAAAGGAGAUUCCAACGUAAGAUAUUUUGAAUUUACCGAAGAACCACCUUUUAUACAUUACAUUAGUACUUACCAAUCAACAGAACCUCAGAGAGGAAUGGGUAUGAUGCCAAAACGUGGUUGUGAUUUACAUCAGUGUGAAAUUGCAAGAUUUUAUAAACUUCAUUCUCGUGGCUUCAUUGAAGUCAUAAGUUUUACUGUACCAAGAAAGUCUGAACUUUUCCAAGAUGAUUUAUAUCCAGAUACAUUAGCAGAUACACCAGCAAUUUCAGCAGAAGAAUGGAUUGGUGGAAAAGAUGCAGAGCCUGUUUUAAUGUCACUGAGGGAGGGAUAUGCUGCUAGUACUGCAAAAAAAGAAUUAACUGUUGUUAAGAAGCCAAAUAUGUUAAACAAAAUGCCAGUGAGGUCUGCAUCUGCAACACAAAUACCAACAACAGCACAUGAUGAAGAAAUGACUAAAAAGAUGGAAGAUCUAGUUGUUGAAAUGCACAAGUUGAAAUCUAUUUUACUUAAACAUGAAAAUCGUAUAAAAGAACUAGAGAAAAGACUUCUAGGAGAACAAGUUAAAUUGCCAAUUCCUCCAGCAGAAGCUCCUGCCAUACAAGUAACCGAAUCGAAUGCUAAUAAUCACAUUGGGCAAGAACUCAUGCCUGACGAGGUGUAAAUAAUGCCUUUAUCCAAUUGUAUAAAUAAAAAUUAUUUUGUACAGUCGUCAUAAUCAAAUUGAUAAGAUUGUUGAAGUGAUUCAAAUGUGAUGAUAUUUCAGGGAAUGAGACUUAAUUUUGUUCAUACAUUAUGUAGCAAAAGUAGAUUCAACAGUCUAUUGGCAAUUUAUAUAGAUCAUAGUGAUCUACGAAAGUAAUUUUAGUAAUAUUUUUAAAACACUAAUUAUUGUUUGAUGAAUAACAAAUUUAAAUUGCAAGAACUUUUCUUGCUUUUAUUGAAAACUGUUACAAUUUAAAUUUUAAAAGUCCUUUAUACCAGUGGUUCUCAAACUUCGUAUUUGCUCUGCUUUUUUGCAGAUGAUCAUGUUUUUAUCUUUUUUUCUGAUUAAAACAUAUUAAUCUUUUUCAUUAAUAUUAUUUAUGCUCUUAUGAGAGAAUAAUUUCUGUGUAGGAAAUAUUGAAAAAUUAUGAAUCUAAUUUACUGUUUUAACAAUUUCCAAAUAAACUAAAUGCUCUAAGUGUGUAUGUUAAAAGAUAAGUACUCUAUAUUCAACAAUACAAACAGUAAUCAAAACUUAAUAUUCAAAAAAACAACAAAAUCUAAAUUUUUUAAAAUGAAUUAAUUGUGCUGUUCCUUUAUAUGAAGAUUCUCAUUGAUAUCUAUGAAACUGAUAUUUAAAUUAAGCUGAAUUGAAUACUUUUUCCUUAUGUUGUUCAGCUUUUCCUAAGACUAUAUUUUGCAUUUCUCCAAGAAGUUUGUCUCAAUUUGGAACCACUGCUUCAUACCAAAUAAUUAUCUAGUCUCAUUUACUUUUUCAGUUUGAAAUAAUGAUUAUAUAUUUUUUCCUGUUUUGUAAAGAGUAAUUUUAUAAUUUUUAUUUAAAAUGAAUAUACUUAGUUUUUUAUGCAAUUCACAAAGGAAAUAAUUUAUGUAAUAAUAACAAUUUUAAUAAUCACACUUUUUAUAGAGUAGUGUUUGAUGUUGACUUAUCAGAUUGCUUUUAUAACAUUUAUUUAGUGUUUUAAUCCUUUUUAAAAAAACAAAAUUGCUAUUCUGUAUUUAUUUCUUUAUAUGGAACUUUUAUUUAUCAGUAACUAGCAUGAUUGAAUGGAUAUUUUUUAUGCUAUGCAAUAUUUCCUUCCACUUUACUGUUUGUGCCUUAAGUAAUAUAACUGUUUAAAAUUGAUAAAUAAAAAUAUUUUGCAUUGUUUGUUUGCACAUACUUGUUAUAAAGAAUAUCAAUAUUGAAAAUAUUUUAUAUUAUGAUCAUA